AUGUACAGCAUUGGAGAGGUCCGCAAUUCCGUAUUCGAUGACUCCGAGGACACACCGCCUUCUGCAAGCUCGCCUUCUUCUAUGCCUUCCUGGUCGAGCGGAUUCGAGAUGAUCCGUCACCAGAUGAUGAUGGAAUCUGGAGGGGAGCUGGGGAAUAGUCUCAAUGUCCACCGAACCAGCCCGUCUUCAAUCCGAAAUGGCUCACUGCAAACUGUCGGCAUUGCAGAUGGUGGUGCAGUCAGCGCCAUUGCUGAUCUCACACGUAGCGAUUCCUGCAUGCCCACGCGUCUGGAUGCAUCGGCCUUCACCACAGUUCUGAGCAAAUCCUCAGAAGUUCUGCUGGACCGUGAUCAGGCCUUGCGACACAGUCACGUAAUGGAGACUGUCAGGUCUCUCUCGAUGGACACCCAAACACGACGCUGGUCUGCAAGAUCAAAGCAGAUGGCAAAGGCCAAAGUUGCAGCUGGCAGAAAUGCGUCUACGCUGCCUUCCGCAUCGACACGUCGGCAAACUGUCCCGACGAGCGCCACAGCAUCACGUCGCACGCAAUUCGCCACUCCGCCACCCCCAGCCGGUCAGCAGAUGCCGCCGCAUCAUGGUCCCAUGCCGCCCCCUCCGAAUGAACCUCCGCCCAAGCACACACGCCUGAGACGCUACGCCAGUGAUCCAUCAACCACGCACAAGAAGGCAGUUCAUAAACAGUCCUUGGAGAAGAGGAGUGCAGACGAUCUAGUGGAGAAUACGUCGCAGUAUGGUCGGAAGCAGAGAACCGCCUCGCCCGUACCAGCUGAUGGUUCGCUGGCUAACAGCUCGAAAAGUACUGAACGGCCCCAGGGUAAUCCUCGGCCGCGUAACCUGCCUCCUCUGACCGCCGAGGACCACAAGCUGGUGCACCGCGGGGGUCAGCGUCGGCGCGCGAGUCUGGAUACACCCAUGGGCAUGGGACCUGGGUCUAGUAUGGGAGACGGUUUGCCGACAUCCAGCUCACCGAAGGCUAGCCUAAAAUCACGACCACCGACAAGCAUGCCUCAACGAAGACCCUUAGAACACCGUUCAUCGAAAUCUGAAGCAUCCAUCCACUCCCAGCAGCCUGCACGGAAAGGUUCGCGCAAGAAGUCCGAUCAGUCGAAACUGCGGGUCCGUGCGAAGUUUAUUAUACCCGAGAUUAUCAUAACCACGUGUCCGGAUAUGGAACCCCCUGAUGUCGGACCGGCGCCGUUGGUCCAAUCGCGCACGCCCACUGCACCUGACGUCUCCACCACAUAUGCGGAACGUGCAGCCGAACGGAAGCGCAAGCGCAACAGCAAUACGGCCACCGGGUCUUUCAGUGUAUCCUACUGA